UACUAUUUAACAUUUAACAGCAACUUUAGUUAUUGGCUUUAGUUAAAUGAAACAUCUUUAAAGUGUAAAGAAAAUUGAAAGUUAACUCUUUUCUCUUCCUCUUAUUAAUUGUAGGUUGAUUGUUAUAAAUCAUUUACGGGUAUCAUUUCAAUUUUGUGUGAGUGUAUCAGUUGAAGCUUGGAAGAAGUAUUUACAAGAAAAGGUUAACACUACCUUUAUGUAUACUGUGUUGAAACAAAAUUCAAUUUCAAGGUGAUCAGUAACAACAGCAACAGCAACAACAACGGCAAUAGUAAUCAUCUCACCAUUGUUCAAUUGUUUGGUGUCUUUUUUCUUGUAAACCCAUCAGGAAUUAACUUUUCACAAAAAAAUUAAAUGAAAUGUUACACCUUAGUUUAUUUAUCACUGAUAACAAAUCUGGUAAUCUUGGUUUGUUGCUGUUCAUGUUGACCAGUUUUCUGGUUCAUAUAACCCUGGGUGCAGCCAAUUCUCGGUCAACACGGAGUAACCUGGAAAACCUUGCUUCUCUCGCCUUUGAACACGGAGUUAAAGUUCGUGAAUUUGGUUCCUGUCGAACACCGAAACCAGAAAUUGUCUAUGUAAAUAGUAACAACCCAUCCAAGGUAUACCUUCCAAGGGGAACAAUACUCCACCGAUGUUCAGAUGCAACAGGCUGUUGUCCACAAGCCUACCAAUCAUGUCGUCCAAUAUCAACUCAAAUGGUUGACCUUUACUUUUUUACUGUUACCCUUGUAGCAAAUAAUAGUCAAUUAUCAUCGUCGUCAUCUUCAUCGUCCUCUUUUUCGUCCUACACACCAAGCCAUCACCACCAUCGACAUAAGAAACCUCGUCAACAGCAAAACAUUGAAAAGUUAACUUAUGUCAACCACACUAAAUGUGCUUGUGUUGAUCUCAAUUCAUCUGACGAUGAAUCCAUCAAUGAAAUCUAAGUGAUCACUUCAUCGCCAUCUUUUCAAAUUGUCAUCGCCUUUGCCAUCAAAUUUGUAAUCAAUGUUGUCAUCGUGUUUGCCUUCAUUACUUUUUUUUCGCAUCAUCCUUGUCACCAUCAUUGACCAUCAUUGACCGCUACUGCUUCCACUUUUGUUAAUUGGCUCUUCUAGUUUAAUUAUAAAAGUUUAUAAAAAAAUCAAUUAAUAUACAAUUACUAUUCUUAACUAAUUAACAUUAUUAUACAAUUAUUUACAAUCAAUAUAAAAAUGAAACCUUUCACAGUAAAAAGUAUUUUUUCCACUUAUUUUGGUAUGCGUUUUGGGUUUGCUAUUGAGAUUACCUAAGAUUGAUUUACAUAACGACACCUUUUUAAGUUAACAAUCAAUUGAAUAAGCAUCAUUUGACUCAUUUACAUGUUACAAUUGAACAAGAUUUAAUAAUCAACUGUCAAUCAAUCGUUUGUCAAUUGUUUUCAUCAUCUUCAGUUAAUUCUAUUUUAAUUCCA